UAGACAUUAUCUGCAGAACUUAGCGAAAGAUUUCGCUAUUUUUUCAGUUCUCCUGGACCCAUUAAAUUGCAAGUACGAUGCGUGGUCGGAAGAGGGAGCACUCCAACCACUUACAUGCAGGUGUAGAAAUUCACUUAGUGGAAGGUACCUUCGGCUUUUUGCGCUCCGCAGAGGAGGUGAAGUGCCAAAAAUGAAGCGAGGCUAAAGCCGAAGGCUGACAUUUUCUUAAAGGUGUCCGCCGCAGGGAACCCAACGCUGGAGAACGGAGCUUUGGAAAAAUCCCUGGAGCUUGUUUUUGAGACAAAUUCAGUAAUCCAAGUGCAGCAACACAAAGGACUGCAGAGCGCUCCCCGCUUGGUUUCUCUGUGACAGCAAAGGAAAGGCUGCGGUGGUCACAGUCCCCGUGAACCAAGUCACACUCUCCUUUCACUCCCUAUCUCACACACACACACAGACACACACACACACACACACAGACACACACACACACACACACACACACACACUCUCUCACUCACACUCUGCAGUAUGAGGGAAGCCUGGAGGUGCCUGCUGGCGCUGUGCCUCCUGGCAAGUUCCGCCUCCCCCCACGGUCCCGCCAACCCAUUCGCCGUCCAGCAGACGCCACCGGACCCGUGCUACGAUGACGCGGGCGCCGCCCGCCGCUGCAUCCCCGAGUUCAUCAACGCCGCCUUCGGCAAGGAGGUGGCCGUGUCGAGCGUGUGCGGCCGGCCGACGCCGUCGCGCUCCUGCAGUGUGGUAGAGCGCGGCGAGGAGCGGCCCUCCGUGCGCACGUGUCAGAUUUGCGACGCGGCAGACCCGCGGCGCGCCCACCCGCCCUCCUACCUCACCGACCUCAACUCGGCCCACAACCUCACCUGCUGGCAGUCGGAGAACCUCCACGCGUCGCCGCACAACGUCACCCUCACCCUGUCGCUGGGCAAGAAGUUCGAGAUCACCUACGUCAGCCUGCAGUUCUGCUCGCCCCGGCCCGAGUCGCUGGCCAUCUACAAGAGCAUGGACUACGGCAAGAGCUGGACGGCGUAUCAGUACUACUCCUCCCAGUGCCGGCGCGUCUACAACCGGCCCAACCGGGCCGCCAUCACCAAGCAGAACGAGCAGGAGGCCCUGUGCACCGACGGCCACACCGACCCGCACCCGCUCUCCGGGGGGCUCAUCGCCUUCAGCACGCUGGACGGGAGGCCCUCCGGGAAGGACUUUGACAACAGCCCCGUGCUCCAGGACUGGGUGACGGUCACCGACAUCCGCGUGGUCUUCAGCCGGCCCCAGCUGCCCCGCGAGCUAGGCCCCGGUGGGGGAGGGGGCGGGGGAGUCCGGGCAGACGAGGACCCGGCGGCGCCUUCCACGUCCCUGCCGGCUUACUUCUACGCAGUGGGGGACUUCCAGGUGGGCGGGAGGUGCAAGUGCAACGGCCACGCGUCCCGCUGCCUCAAGGACAAGGAGGGCAAGCUGGUGUGUGACUGCAAGCACAACACGGAGGGGCCAGAGUGCGACCGCUGCAAGCCCUUCCAUUACGACCGGCCGUGGCAGAGGGCCAGCGCGCGUGAGGCCAACGAGUGUCUACCGUGUAACUGCAACCUACACGCCCGGCGCUGCCGCUUCAACAUGGAGCUGUAUAAGCUGUCGGGUAGGAAGAGCGGAGGCGUGUGCAUGAACUGUCGCCACAACACGGCCGGGCGCCACUGCCACUACUGCAAGGAGGGCUUCUACCGGGACAUGGCCAGACCCAUCACACACCGUCGCGCCUGCAAAGCCUGUGACUGCCACCCAGUGGGUGCAGCAGGGAAGACGUGUAACCAGACUACGGGCCAGUGCCCCUGUAAGGACGGGGUGACGGGCAUCACCUGUAACCGCUGUGCCAAGGGCUACCAGCAGAGCCGCUCGCCAGUGGCCCCCUGCAUCAAGAUCCCAGUGGUGAACCCUACAGCCGCGGUCAUCCUCAGCAGCACAGAGGAACCAGCAGCAGAUUGUGAGUCCUAUUGCAAACCAGUGAAAGGUAAUCUGAAGAUCAACAUGAAGAAAUACUGCAAAAAAGACUAUGCGGUGCAAAUCAACGUGUUGGACAUGGAGACGGUGGGCGACUGGGCCAAGUUCUCGGUGAACGUGGUGUCCGUUUACAAGAGCCGCGGUGACCCGCUGAAACGGGGCGAUAACAUCCUGUGGAUCCACAUGAAGGACCUGGCCUGCAAGUGUCCCAAAAUCCAGAUGAGCAAGCGCUUCCUGGUGAUGGGCACCAGCGAGACCGGCCCCGGGGGUCCUGGGGCAGGGGGGCCCGGGGCUGGACCCGGGGCCUCCGCAGGAGGAGAGCGCGUGGGGCUCCUGGCUGAUAAGAACAGCCUGGUUAUCCAGUGGAGAGACGUUUGGACACGGCGCCUCCGGAAGUUCCAGCGCAAAGAGAAGAAGGGCAAGUGUGGCAAAGCAUGAUGGGGGAGAGAGCUGCACCACAAACCCCAUCCACCCUCUCCGCUAGUUGGCAGGAUAGAGCACCUCCCCCAACACCCUCCAAACCCUGACCCCCAAAAACGGGGCCCAAUGCACAUUACAGAGACUGCAUGUAUCCUGCCUGUUUAAGGACCACUUUGUGUAUAAUGUAUAAUUCAGUUUUAUUUCCAGUUAUAAUCGUAGGACUGUGACUGUCUUUUGUUUCCUAUCGGUCUGCCUUGAAAAGGGACCAUUAAAAAGGGUACGAAUAGUAGACAAGAGUGGACGCCCUUCUCGACAACGACGGCAAAGAUAUCCACUCUGCACCCCGACCCAACUCUCCAGUUCUCCCCCUUCAGACUGCUUCAGCUCCUGUCACCAUGUUAGUGUUUCAAAACUAUUGAAGGUCACCUUUCCCGUUCUUUUACCAGGAGUACGCACGGAGAGCAGAAACGGGGGCUGAUUUCCCAUGGGGGGUCCCAUGCGUGGCGCAACCAACUAAAAGACACACACUGCGCAACCUUGGCUCCACCCAAUGUCUCACGGUCCCUAAGCCGAUAACCGACUAGCCAAGAGCAGUCAUUUUGUUGCGUACACUCCUUAUUCUAAUGGAAGAUAAGUAGACAUCAACUCUGGACAAGAAACCUCAACGGCUCCGUCUUCAUCCUCAGAGGAUCCUCCUCACAACAAGGGCUGUACCCACUGGGGGCCUUCACUACCAGACCUCACUUCUACCACCAUAGCCAUUAUAGUAUAUAAACAACAUAGACGGGGGCAACUGCUUGACUCUAGCGGAGACUCUGCAGCUGCUAUCACGGACGAGCCCCCCGCUCACUGGCUGGUUGCACUGCUUCGCUUAUACACAGACAGUGACACUGCUUAGAGGCUGGCAAACUCUAAAACCUGAUUGUUUUCUCCCUUUUUUGCUAUGUUCAUGUACUCCUGUUCUCGGAUCCCACGACUACAGACCCUACUGACUCAUAAUCGAAUGCUGCCCACUAGUCCUCUGACCACGAGCAGGAAAUGGAACCACACAUCUCUGGCUGACUCAUCUUCCUCUUGUUUUUGUAGAAAGUAGCCGGCUUCGGAAACAGAACAAUGCCAUUGUUACCAGGAAAACCUCUGGAGAUAAUAUGCAUAAUGUCUUCCAGUGUUUGUUGGAAGAAAAAAAAAACGUCCUGCAGAUGUCAUUGUGUCGCCAAUAUUGUUGGUUCUCCUCUAAUAUUUCUCUGAUGUGAAUGUUUGCCACUUUUGAUGUGUCCAAUGACGGGCUGGCGACUGCUUGCUAAAAGAAGAGCUAAAAUCAACAUUACCAUUUGGCAAAGAACAGACAAAUGCUGGAUUAAGUUUACCUUUCCAGCUGUAUCAGAUUGACAGAAUGAAUGAGUCUGGAACGUUCCAAGCUUCUUUAUGCUCCCUGAUUGUAUUAUGAUACGAGAGAAUAUGUAUAUCCUCAAGUAUUUGUAUGUUUGCAUGUUUGUGGUUUUGCUGGUCAGUCCGACGCGAAGCAAAAGGUUACAGGAAGCAGAGCAGGGAAUUAACAAAUGUUAACAUCAAAAUCCAAAGGAAAUGUCCUUAGUCAUCUCCCCUAAUUGGCCUUGCCGAAAUGUCUCUCUUCGUUUGCCAAUAAUGCAUCAGCCUGUUUCUAAAUUGAAUCAAGAAAAUGAGAAAAUCAGGACAGAAAUGAAACCACAAGGGAAUAUCUGUUUUGCUCUCAAAGUUUGUAUUUUUCUUUAGUUCCUUUUAAAAGCAUUUUACAAUUUAUUUAAGAAAGAAGGUACAAUGUAAACCCAGUUUUAAGAGGUCAUGCUAACAAGCUGUAUGCCACCAGUAAUGUCACGCUAUUAGUUGGCCGGUGGCAGCGGUAUGUUUGUUAAAGCCACUCAGAAGAGUGUCUCUUCUCCUCUGGUCAGGCUGCUGUCUCUUUCUGUUCUAGAAUGUGCGUGUUUUUGUGUCUUAGAAAUGUGACAGUAGUGAGACACGGCAGCCAGUCAAAGUCCUCCAGUCUUGUUCUAAUUUUCUUCAAGAAUGUAUAUAAAUGAGAAAAUGUCAAAUGUAAAAACCACAUACAGACACAUGGUAUGAUUGUACUUAUGAGAUUAUGUCGUUAAAGCUAAGAAUGUGAA